GGCUUGGUGGGUAGCACUGUCGCAUCACAGCAAGAAGGUCCUGGGUUCGAUCCCCAGGCGGUGCGGUUUGGGUCCUUUCUGUGCGGAGUUUGCAUGUUCUCAACGUGUCUGUGUGGGUUUCCUCCGGGAGCUCCGGUUUCCUCCCACAAAAAAACGUGCAGUCAGGUUAAUUGGAGACACUGAAUUAUAUAGGAGAAUGGGUGUGUGUGUGUGUGUAUGUGUGUCAGUCCCUGCAAUGGACUGGCGCCCUGUCUUGUUACUGUGUGCCUUGCACCCAUUAAAAAGCUGGGAUAGGCUCCAGCACCCCCCCUCCCCGUGACCCUAAUUGAAUAAAAUAAGUGGUUAAGACAGUGAGUGAGUAAUAACACGCAGACUAAAAAGUUCCGAAAAUGGGUUUUAUGGUGUGAGAAUUUUUGACGUCUCCAACUGAUGCUGUUCUUACAUGUGCUUUAAAGAAUACUGGCUUUCUUGUUGAUUUAUUUCCAAACUCUGACCCCCAAACUCUGUAUUUCAGAGGUAUUUGUGUUUUUACUGGAAUAAUGUUUUUUUAUUAGCUUUGUAAGGAUGUGAAGAUGGAGACUUGUACCACUUCAGAUGGAGAAACAUCAAGUUUAGGAGGAAACAUCACCCCUGCUGGCCAACAGAUUGAGGGAAUCCAAGAGAAGCCUAUCAAAGAGGAAAAAGAAGACGAUUACUCCUGUGGGGAAACAUCAAGCCCUGAGGACCAAGAGAAUGAGGACAUUCUAAAAAUAGUUGUAAAGGAGGAUGAACCUGAAGAUGACUGCUGCCUUUAUUGUGAGGAGUGCAAAUCCUUUUACAUCAACAAAUGUGACGUUCAUGGACCGGCUCUCUUCAUCCCUGAUACCACUGUCCCCAUUGAAAUCACUGACAGAGCCCGACAAACCCUUCCUCUUGGCCUAGAGGUUCGGGAGUCUAGUAUUCCUGAUGCCGGCCUUGGAGUCUUUAAUAAGGGGGAGACUGUACCAGUUGGGGCACAUUUUGGACCCUACCAGGGAGAAUUGGUAGAACGAGAUGAAGCCAUGAAGAGUGGAUAUGCCUGGGUGAUCUACAAGAGUGGGCAGUGUAUAGAAUACGUGGAUGCCAAGCAAGAGACUCAUGCUAACUGGAUGAGGUAUGUGAAUUGUGCUCGUAAUGAAGAUGAGCAAAAUUUGAUAGCAUUCCAGUAUAAAGGGGGGAUACUUUACCGUUGUUGUCGGCCCAUCAAACCAGAGCAGGAGCUCUUGCUGUGGUAUGAGGAGGAGUAUGCUAAAGACAUCACUUUCGACCACCUUUGGAACAAAAAAUGCUCUGCAAAAGAACUGAAAGAUGUCUUAACCUGCUCCUUGUGCCCACUUUCCUAUCCAUCUCAAAUUUAUCUCCAUAAACACAUUAAAAGAUGCCACCAUAAAGAAUAUGUGCAAGAACUAAAAUCAGAAGACAUCAGGUUUAAAGAUCUGACACCCACAAUAAAGUCCAGUAGUCAAGAAAGCCUCUCUGGUACUGUCAUCAGCAACUUCUCCCAUGAACAAAUGCAGAAAGAGAGUCACCAGUGCUUAGAAUGUGGGAAGAGUUUUAAUCAUCCAAACCUUCUUCAAUCCCACCUGCGUAUUCACACUGAGAAGCCGUAUCAGUGCUCAGAGUGUGGGAAGGGUUUUACUGAAAAGGGUAAUCUCAAAAAACACCAGCGCAUUCACACAGGAGAAAAGCCCUACUAUUGCUCACAAUGUGGGAAGAGCUUUACUCACCUGAAUCAAUUUAAUCGUCAUCAGCAGGUCCAUACCGGAGAGAAACCAUAUCAGUGCCCACAGUGUGGGAAAAGGUUCAUUGACAAGGGUACUCUAAAACACCACCAGCGCAUUCACUCAGGAGAGAAACCAUACCAGUGCUCCCAGUGUGCCAAGAGUUUUACUCAACAGGGUCAUCUAGUUCGACACCAGCUCGUUCACACCGGAGAGAAGCCGUAUCAGUGCUUGGAAUGCGGGAAGAGUUUUAGACAAGCCAGUCAUCUCCACAUACACCGGUGGAUACACAUCGCAGAGAAGCCAAAUACCUAAGUGCAGUGUGAACACCUGACUUAAAAAAGACUUUAACAUGAGAUUUAACACAUCAUCGGAAAAACUGUCAACUUGUAAAACACUAAUUUGUAUAAAGGUGUUUUUUGCUAAUUAAAAUGAUGUAUGUAAAUAUAAUAUUACUAUAAUAUAA